GACGUCCCGUGAGGCACAUUGACCUCGAUGAAGACCUCCUCCAUAGUCUGGUACCAGGAGCCCCACGGUGUCUUGCAGGGGACGACGCCGCUCUUCUCCUCGAAAUGCACUGACAUGCUGCGGCUUUUGACAGUCUUGGUCAUGUGAGUGGAAAUGAUAAAAUUAAUUCAGACAACAUCACUCGUAUUUUGGAUCAACUUUUGGAUGGUUAUGACAACAGACUGCGACCUGGAUCUGGAGUUGUUAAUUACUGUUGCAGGUAGUGUCACAGAGGUGAAAACAGACAUCUUUGUCACUAGCUUUGGACCUGUUUCAGACGUUGAGAUGGAGUACACCAUGGACAUGUUCUUCCGUCAGACGUGGGUUGAUGAGAGGCUGAAAUUUGAGGGCCCAACUGAAAUCCUGCGGCUGAAUAACCGCAUGGUAGACAAGAUCUGGACGCCAGACACAUUCUUCCGAAACUCAAAGAAGUCUAUUUCUCACAACAUGACCACACCAAACAAACUCUUCCGCAUCAUGCAGGAUGGGACUGUCCUCUACACCAUGAGAUUGACAAUCGGCGCCGAAUGUCCAAUGAGGCUGAUUGACUUCCCCAUGGAUGGACAUGCCUGUCCUCUCAGAUUUGGAAGCUAUGCCUACACAAGCAAUGAAAUUGUGUAUACUUGGAAGAAGGGACCAGUAGCAUCUGUUGAGUGUCCCAAGGAGUCCAUAAGUCUUUUGCAGUACGAUCUGGUGGGACAGACAUUGUCCAGUGAGAUAUUCAAAUCAAACACAGGUCACUACUCUGUGCAGGUGGUCCAUUUCCACCUCCAGAGGAAGCUGGGCUACUACCUCAUACAGACUUACAUCCCUCUUAUAAUGGUCGUUGUGCUGUCACAAGUCUCUUUUUGGAUCAACAAAGAGUCUGUCCCUGCUCGCACAGUUGCUGGCAUCACCACUGUGCUGACCAUGACCACCUUGAGCAUUAGUGCCCGUCAGUCACUUCCCAAAGUAGCCUAUGCCACUGCGAUGGACUGGUUCAUUGCUGUGUGUUUUGCCUUUGUGGCCUCAGCUCUCAUUGAGUUUGCAGCCGUAAACUACUUUGCUACCCUGCAGGCCCACCGUCUGAAGAAGCAGAAAGCUAGACAGGACAAGCUUGAGGUGUUGGCUACCAGCAGCGAGGAUGGAGACACAGUUUCGUUGGACAGCAGCCCUCAGGAAGGCCUAAAGAAGAGAAACCACUCGGUGUGCCGCAGUGAGCCAGGAGAUGUUCCUCCGAUGCCGAUUUUCCUCCAGCAGGGCUCAGCUUUUCCUCAAAUCCCACAGCUGGCUGGCACCAGCCCGAUUGACAAGUAUGCCCGUGUCCUCUUCCCCCUGGCCUUCGCCCUCUUCAACCUGGUCUACUGGUACAUCUACCUGGUCAAGGACACCAUGGAGAGUGCCAGGGACGUGGAGCUUGAAAACUAAGAGGACCUGCAAAAGGGCAUGUGCAGCCGGAGAGACCUUCAGCACCCAGCUGUGACCACUGCCCACCUGUGUUCUGAUCAGUAGGUGAAGAGCCGUCCUUCAUUGGCCUCAAACAGCAACUUCUCGAGGCCCCAUGGAGCAAGACAGACACCAAUCAGACACACACAUGGACGCACAUACACACACACACACAAACCAAGAAACACAUCAAAAAGAAGUGGAUGAUAUAAUCUAUGAUGGCUGUAACUGGUGGUGAUGCAACAGUGAACCAAUGCUUUCAGAAGCCUGCCCUCUACAGAAGCACCGCUCCCACUACAACAAGAUCAAAGGCAAUUUAGUGGAGGCUCGCAUUCCCUCUGCGUGGCUUCAAAAAUGUUCAAGCCACGCAGAGAAAAUGAAUUGUGGGGUUGGGGUUGACCCCCCCCCCCGACACACACACACACACCUCGCCUUUCUGCUCUGGCACUCUGGUGCUCCCCUUGCAUUUUCAGAUCCACUGCAGACCCUCUGAAAACAUCAUUGCAGGGAAGAGGAGUACAAUGCAAUCCGCAUGAGUGUUGAUGACACGAGAGUUUUCUUUGUUGGUAUGGAUGGUGUUGAUUGUUUGGCGCAGGUAUUUGUGUAUAAAGCGUCUACCUAUGAUGGAUGGAAUGGUGUUCUCUCUUUUUGCCACUUAACACGUCCUGUGACAUAAAAAUCUGAAAGAAUAAACUUGAUCUUAAGUUGACAUGUUAACCCCUUUAACCCUUCAUCCCAUUGUUUGACCUUGUCAGAGUAUGGACAGACUUAUCUGCCGUGUAAUAAACGUAAAAAUAAAAGGAGCCUAAAAUGAA